UUACACGGCGGCAGAAGGAGAGAAGAGGCUUGACGAGGCGGCGCUCCGCCCUGCUGCUUCCUCUUUCACAGUGGCACUCAGAGAGUUACCAUGAAGGCGUCCGGCACACUUAGGGAGUACAAAGUUGUUGGGCGUCUGUUGCCCUCUGCCAAGAACCCGACCCCUCAUCUGUACCGCAUGAGGAUCUUCGCUCCCAACCAUGUGGUGGCCAAGUCUCGCUUCUGGUACUUCGUCUCCCAGCUAAGGAAGAUGAAGAAGGCUUCCGGAGAGACUGUGUACUGUGGCCUGGUUCAUGAGAAGUCUCCUCUGAAGGUCAAGAACUUUGGCAUCUGGCUGCGUUAUGACUCUCGCAGCGGCACCCACAACAUGUACCGCGAGUACAGAGACCUGACCACCUCUGGAGCCGUCACCCAGUGCUAUCGUGACAUGGGAGCUCGCCACCGUGCUCGCGCUCAUGCCAUUCAGAUUAUGAAGGUGCAGGUGAUCGCAGCUAACAAAUGCCGCAGACCCGCCAUCAAACAAUUCCACGACGCCAAGAUCAAGUUCCCUCUGCCCCACAGGGUUCUGCGUCGCCAGCACAAGCCUCGCUUCACCACCAGGAGGCCAAAGACAUUCUUCUAAAGUGUAUGUUUGUGCAGUCCUGUUUAAUGGGAAAUAAAAACGUUACAGAAA